CUGAGUAUUUCCACCUCUGGACCGAAUCACGUGUGUUAAACGCCUUUGAAUUCCUUGUAAAAGAUUUUUAAAAACAGGAAAAACUGUUUACAUUUUUUUUACUUUUUGUCCCCAUUAAUACUAUUUCCACUCUGGCACGAUUCACGUCCGUUAAACGCAAAAAAAUCUGGUUAUUUAAACAAAUUGAAUGAGUGGAAAAUGAAGUUUGUUAAGAAUAAUUUUUUUUAACCGAACAAGUUAAAAUCCCCUGAAGUACUGAGCAACAAUACUUAAUUUUCCGUCUCUUUAAUUUCCAGUCAUUGGAGGUUAAAGCUUUAAAUACUAUACAGCUGUUAUCCUCUGGCUGCUUUUAAAAUGUCAACAAUGACUUGAAACGUCUUCCUCAGUUUAAAAAAGUGUAUAUUUAUCUAAUAUUUUUAACGCCAUGGAUUGGAAGUCAUUAUCCACCGACGAGAAAUUGAAAUUAACAACAUAUCUGGCUGUCAGUAAAACGUGUGAUGACGUUGGGAUGAACAACACUAUUUUCGGCAAGUUCACCGUCAACAAGGAUGCCAAACAGCUCAUCACCGAGUUCAUAUGGAAGAAGAUGCAGUGCUAUGCCACCGACCUUGAGCAUUUCGCUCGGCAUGCUAAAAGGUCGAAAAUAAACUACGAUGAUAUCAAACUCCUUUUCAGAUACAAUGAAAAAAUUCUUGAAGCGAUGACGAUACUUGAGAAGGAAAAAUCUGCAACACAAAAGCCAGGGAAACGAAAAAGAGAAGCAGAAAACACAACAGAAUAAUGUGAAUAAAUUUUGCACUCUAAUAUUAUUUUAGUAAUUAAGCGAAAUUUUAUUAAAUAUUCCUUUUAUUCCAGCUUAUAUAUAAAAAAAAUAACCACAUUGCUGUUAAGAAAAAAUUGACUUUUAAAAAAUAAAAAAUACAAGCAAUACAGCUCAGCCAAAAUAGUUAAUUAACAGUGAAAAUGAACAGAUUUCAGAAUAGGAUUUAAAUUAAACCUCAUAGUCAAUUUUUUUAUCAAAAUGUGUGAUCCUAAUCUGUGAUAAAUUGCCUUUUUUUUAUUAUUGAAAAGUCUUAACUCAUAUUUAUAUAUUCCUGGUGUUAAUUUCGUUAUUAAUAAUUUAAUGUAAUAAUUAUAACAAUUUGUACAUGUUAAUAAACAGUGCCUUUUUAUAAUUGUCA